AUGGAUUCUUCCUCUUUGAGAAAGCCAAACGUACGAAAAGGAAAGGUUGAGGUCAAGAAAGUGGAAGAAAAAAGCAAGCGUUGUGUGACCUUCUCAAAACGCAAACAAGGGCUUUUCAACAAAGUCACUGAGCUAUCCCUUCUUUGCCAAACUGAAACUGCUUUGAUCAUCAAUUCUCAGAAAGGAAAGCUCUAUGCCUGCGGCUAUCCUGAUCCUGACUCUGUCAUCCACCGCUACCACGACCGCAGCGGAAGAGGAGGGUAUCACAACCGUGCUGCUAAAAGGAGGUUCCAAGAGAGUGUUGAAACCUUAAGGCUAAAAUAUGAGGCAACUGAAUCUAAGUUGAAAGAAGAGAAUAUGCAUCAUGAAAAGAUCACUGAGGCAAAAAAGAAUAGUUUACUAUUCACUGAAUGGUGGGAUCUCUCCAUUGAGGAUAUGAGUUUUGAACAAAGUUGA